AGGAAAUUUCGCGGAGCGCGGUUUAAUUUUGUGAAAUUCGUGAAAAAGCAGUGAAAGUGCGUGCAUUUCAGCCUGUCUCAGUGCGCGUUCCACGAUGGGAGUGACCGGCCUGUGGAAGCUGGUGGAACAAUCCGGCAAACCGGUCCCGCUAGAGACGCUUGAGAACAAGGUGCUUGCCGUUGAUAUCUCGAUAUGGCUCCACCAGGUGACGAAGGGCUUCCAGGACUCGAAGGGUAGCGCCCUGCCGAACGCACACGUCCUCGGUCUGUUCCACCGCCUCUGCAAGCUGAUGUACUAUAGGAUUAGGCCGGUUUUCGUGUUUGACGGUGGCGUUCCGGCCUUGAAGCGGCAAACCAUUGCCAAGCGUAACCAGAGCAAGAGCAAAUUCCAUAAUGAGGCAGAUCGGCUGCAGCAGCUUCUGCUGGAGACAUUGGCCAAGGAAAAGGUAGUUCAGCAGGCUCUUGGAUCGGCGACCAGUUUGCUGGUGUCUCCGUCGAAGAAGCCGGGGAAUAGCAGCAAGGAGCAGGGUGAGCCGGAUGAGAUGUUUAAACUGCCACCGCUGAAGGAGGAUUCUCCGUUUAAGAAUGCGGACAGUUCGGCGACAGAUUUGGACGAAAGUAACAGCUCGUGGGACGAGAAGGGGUCGAAGAACUUUUAUCACUUGAAUUUGAACGCGAUUGACGUUACCAGCGUGCACUUUAAGAACCUUCCAGCGGAUGUGAGGCACGACAUUCUGUCGGAUAUCAAAGAGACGAGGAAGCAAUCAUCUUGGGGGAGACUGCACGAACUUCCCGUUGAGAGCAAUAACUUUUCGACGUUCCAGAUGAAGAGGCUGCUGAAGCGCCGGACGGUCCAGGUUGAACUGGAGGAGGCGGAGAAGGAGAUGGGAGGGAAGUGCUUGUCUUUGGCGGAGUUGGAAGCGUUGCUUUCGGAGGAGGGUGUUGACACUUCCUCGGAUAAAGCGGCCCAGAAGAUCGCUUCGGAUGAAAAUACCAGGUUCCUGUUGGUGAGGGACGUCCAGAAGGCGAUCGAGAAGGCGAAGCAGCGGGAGGAAGAAGAAAAGAAUGCGCCGAAGCCUCCGAAGCUGCCGAAAGUUGAGAUAAAAAAGUCUGACGAUCGGGAAGUCGAGGACGAUAAGGAGAUGGACGCGGAGCUGCAGAUGGCCAUCCAGAUGUCGUUGAUGCAGGACGUGGAUCCAAACGUGGUGAUUGAGUUGGAAUCGGAGGAGGUUCGCAUGUCCCGGCAGCAGAAGGAAGCUUUGGGCGGAGCAGCGAUGAGUUUGGCCCGCGGCUACAUGCUGGAGUACGGCGGGAUGUCCAACGACGACGUCCGGGAACUGCUCCAUCAGACGCAGGACGUGGACCCGGGGGAGGUCGAGCAGUCUUUCACGCAGAUGUUCGAGCACAACAAUGCUUCGAUUUUGAAGGGGACGCUCGAUCCCGUAGAGGAGGUCCAGGAAGUUUCUUCGGACACGGAUUCGGACUUUGUGGACGUUCCGGAGGACGACUUGGGCGACAGUCCGCCGGGAGUGUUGCUUCCGUUGAAUCCGAGCAACCAUCAGAAGCCGCACUUUGGCACGGUCGUGGAUUUCACGCUGAACGAUCUGCCGGAGAAGGCCGGAAGUGAGAGCAAACUGGUUGAAAUCUUCAUCGAGCCGAGCAAGAUUGGCUUGAAAGAUGAAGACGACAUCUUUGCGGAUGUUUUUGAGGUGAAAGAGGAGGAAAAGGCCGUGAAGGUCGAUGAAAAGCCCGUAGAAACGAAACUUCCCACAAUCCAAAUUAAAAAGGUCGACGACAUAAACGCCAAAUUGAAGGAAGAGUUGGAAAGGUUGAAGGCAGCACCUCCGGUAAUCGAUCUGGACAACAUCCUUAGCCAACCACUUAUUCCGAAGGUCGAUUCCAAGCCGGCCCCACCGGAAGCAGUUCACGACCAGGUCAAACAACAGCUGGAACAGCUCAAAAGUCAAACACCUCAAAUCAACCUGGACGACAUCAAGCUGGACAGUUCCCUCGUCGACGAACCGGUGGCCAUUUCCGACGCCGAAGACAGCGACGCCACGGUUGGCUACUCGCCGAUCAAAGCGGUCCAAAAGGCGCUGGAAGCCACCGGAGAAACGACCUUCAAAAUUAUCCAAUCUGACGAGGCAAAACCCCAGGAAGUCGUCCCUCUUCUAGGAACCCCGAAAAAGGGCACCCUCGAACACCUGGUCGUUUCCCGGACACCCGGUAGCGAUUCCAAGAAAUCUGAACCCGAAGAGGACAUCCCAAAAGUUCCUCAACCCUUUUUCGUCAACAAAACUCCAACCUCUUCUUCAAAGAAGAAGUCCGCCGAAGAUCAACCAACUCCCACCAAAGCAAUCAAAGUUUCGAAAGAGCUCUUCCCCGUCCAAGAUCCGGAACCGCUCCCCUCAACCAGCAGCGCACCCCCUCCCUCCGCCGACCAACUAAUCUCGGAAAUGGCCGGCGACCUCAAACAGCAAGCCACCCCACUCGAGCUGAAAAAGAUGUCCCUCAACCUGGCCCAGCAAGAGCGCGAACUCGAGAAGGAAAAGAACCGCCAGGCGCGCCUCGGAAUGUCCAUCACCGAGCAGAUGCAGCAGGACUGCAUGGACCUGCUGAAGCUGUUUGGCGUCCCGUUCAUAGUGGCACCGAUGGAGGCGGAAGCGCAGUGUGCGUUCCUGAACCAGAUCGAGCUGACCGACGGGACCAUUACGGACGAUAGCGAUAUCUGGCUGUUUGGCGGGAAGACGGUGUACAAGAACUUUUUCAACCAGCAGAAGCUGGUGAUGGAGUUUACCAUUGAGGGGAUUGAGCGGGCGUUCCAGAUGGACCGGAAGAAACUGAUUCAGCUGGCGUUGCUGGUGGGGAGUGAUUAUACGACGGGCAUUUCCGGCAUCGGCGCCGUCACCGCCCUCGAAGUUCUCGCCUCAUUCCCCCCAACCCCGGAAAAGGACGGCGAAACCACGGAAAUGAUGUCCCUCCUGUCCGGCCUGCGCAAAUUCCGCGACUGGUGGAACCACGGCCGGAACAACUCCGUCGGAACGCGAAUCACGCUCAAGUCCAAGCUGAAGAACAUCGAGUUCACCGAGGGCUUCCCGAGUUCGGCGAUCGUCGAGGCGUACCUGUACCCGACGGUGGACGGGAACAAGGACGCCUUUUCGUGGGGCUAUCCGGAUACGGAGAGUUUGCGGGACUUUGCGAAGCAAAAGUUUGGCUGGCCGCAGGCGAAGACGGACGACAUUUUGCUGCCGGUGCUGAAGCGGUUGGAUGAGCGGAAGUCGCAGUCGUCGAUCAAGAACUACUUCAAGGUGCAGAGCGCUGUGGCGCACAAUCAGGUCAAAGUUAGCAAGCGGGUUCAACAGGCGGUGGAUGUGAUGGCCGGGAAGGAGGUUGUUGAGCAGGUGAAGAGUCCUAAAAAGAAGGUGGUGAGGAAGAGGAAGCCCAAGGCGGAGGAGCCGAAGGAGGGGGAGGUCAUUUGCCUGUCGGAACCGGAUAGUGAUGAAGACUUUGUGGUGGUGCCGAAGAAGGCAGCAGCAAAAGCACCAGCGGCGAGAAAGCCGAGAGCAACGAGGGCCAAAGCCAAGGCUGAUAAGACGACACCGGAUGUUCCUGAGUUGCCAGACAAGCCGUCGUCGUCGUUGGCCAACAUUUCCGGUAUCAUCUCGAAGAUAAACGACCAAUCGGCGGACAAACUCGGUGACCAGGCCGCGGCCAAGGAAGCCCGCAAGAAGGCAGUUCAAAACAAGAUCCCGGACUUUAAUCCGGCCAUUCCGCAGCGAGUCAAAGACCAGGAGGAGAUGGCCAACCGGAAGCAGAAAGCAGCCGAGCUGUUUAAGAAGACUCAAGCCAAGGGCAAAAAGACGCACAAGUAGUUGAUAGUCCGUUACGUUGUUAAGUUAUUCUUGUGUGUUUCAAUAAAUUUAAAUGUGCUCUCGCGAAAAAAGCCUCCACCUUCAA